AUGAAGUUAUCCUACACAUUAUUAGUCGCUACUUUAGCGGCAUCUGUUAAGGCUGCUAACUCUGAAGAUGUUGCUUUCCUUACCGCCUUGGUCAGCGACUACAAGGGACAUGGAAGUGACUACUUGAACUUUUUUGGAACUGCUUCCGAUGUUCCAGGCGCUCUUUCAAGUCUUGCACAGCAAGUUAGAACUUACAAGGACGACUCAUAUACAACCCUUUUGGAUAACUCCGAUAUUAACAUUGGAGAAUUGGAAAGUUAUGCUACUAACUUACCAUGGUACACCAGAGUUGCCUCUGCCGCUGGUAUUACUGGUGAUCUUGCUGCUGGCGAAACUGGCUCAGGCUCAGGCUCAGCAUCUGCAACUGGAUCAGGAUCCGGAUCCGGAUCAGGUUCAGCUGCUGCAUCUGUUACCAGUGCUGUUUCAAGUGCCACUGCUGAUUCUUCAUCUUCAGCUUCAGCUUCAUCUUCAGCUGGUUCUACCUCCAGUGGAGGUGCCGUUUCCGCUGCCUACGCACCAUUAGGUGUUGUUUUGGGAGCCGCAGCUGUUGCAUUAAUGUAA